UUCUAGAUUUUAUUUCAAACAUUUGUUUUAUUUAUGUAAAACUGGUGAACACGAUUUGUUACUAGCAGUGUUGUUAAUUAAAAUAGUUAUUAAUUUCUGAAAGAUGCUUGUUUCGUCUGUAGUUUUGUGUUUAUUAAUCGCUUUAGUUAAAGCAAAAAAUGCAUCUGUUACAUAUGAUCAAACAACUGGAAAAUUUCAAAUCCAUGACUAUAUAGCUAAUGAUCCUGUAGCUUAUGGUACAUUUACUGACGAAAUUUUCAAAGUUGGAUGGUCAUAUCUUGAAAUUAAAAGCUAUGAAAAAUAUCCAGAUCCUAUUCAAGCCUAUGCUGCUGGUGUUGUAGAGGGGUAUUUAACUGCUGACUUGCUAAGGAAACAUUUCUCUAACCUAGUUGACGGCUAUUGUGAUGGAGAGGAGAUAUAUUGUCAAAGAUUGACCUCAUUUUUGCAAGAAAACUGGGAUUUCAUUGAUAGUAAUGUGAAAGUUCGUCGGAAAUAUGAUGUUUACUGGCAUCAGAUUGCUUUAACUUUUGAGCAGUUGCAUGGAUUGGAAGAUGGAUAUAAAAAUGUCACAAGCCAGCCUUCUACUAAAGUGGAUCUAAUGGGCCUCUUAUUGCUGAAUAUUAUGGGAGAUUUAGAAGACUUAGAAGUUGUUUUAAAGAAAAAUGACAUGAGAAGAGUGUUAGGAAGUGGACAUUGUUCAGGUUUGAUCAAAGUCCUUCCAAACAAUAAAGAUAUAUUAUUUUCUCAAGUAACAUGGUCAACUUAUACAUCAAUGCUAAGGAUAUUGAAGAAAUAUAGCCUAAAACUGCACACUUCCUUAGCAGAUGGAUCUCCUGUUAUUCCUGGGCAUACUUCUACAUUUUCAUCUCAACCAGGAGUAUUAUAUUCUGGUGACGACUUCUAUGUACUUUCCUCUGGACUUGUUGCCAUAGAAACUACGUUUGGCAAUGGAAAUGAUUCCUUGUGGAAAUAUGUUGUUCCACAAACUAUAUUGGAAUGGCAAAGAAACAUCAUUGCUAAUAGAUUGGCCAAAACUGGAAAACAAUGGGUGACAUUGUUCGGCAUUUUAAAUAGUGGAACUUAUAAUAAUCAGUGGAUGGUCGUAGAUUAUAACAAAUUUAAACCUGGAAGUCCUUUACAAGAUGGUUUACUUUAUGUUCUGGAACAACUUCCAGGUUAUUUGCAUAGUGAGGAUAGAACUGAUGUGUUACGAAAUCAGGGCUAUUGGCCUUCUUAUAAUGUUGCAUAUUUCAAGGAUAUAUUUGUUAUGAGUGGAGCUCAAGCUAAUGCUGACAAAUACGGAGAUUGGUUCACUUACGAGCGAAAUCCUCGAGCUUUAAUAUUUCAGAGAGAUCAUAAAAAAGUUCAAGAUAUUGACUCCAUGAUCAAAUUAAUGAGGUACAAUGAUUAUACUAAUGAUCCACUGUCAAGGUGCAACUGCACUCCUCCUUACAGCGCUGAAAAUGCUAUUUCAGCUCGCUGUGAUCUUAAUCCUGUUAAUGGAACAUAUCCAUUUGCUGCUUUAGGUCACAGACAGCAUGGAGCAACAGAUAUGAAGUUGACCAGCUACGAACUGCAGAAAAACUAUGAAUUUGUUGCGAUCAGUGGACCCACAUAUGAUCCCCUUCCUCCAUUCCAAUGGAGCAAGUCAGAUUUUGACAAGAAAGUAAAACACGAAGGGCAUCCAGAUUUAUGGCAAUUUAAACCAAUUGUUCACAAAUGGUUGUGAGUCCAUUUUUUUCCAGAACUUGAUGGCAGCUACAUUAUUAUUACUGAUUCAAACCAUAUACUAUUUAUGUGAUUGUAUGACAUUUAUUGUUGAAUCAAGAUAUUUAUAUUGCAAAUUUUAUAUGUAUUUUUUGUUGAAAUAAAUUAAAAUGAAUACGA